AUUUGGGACUAUGCGAAGUGACACUGAUUUACGUCUCUUCCCCUAAUCCCCUUCCAGAGCCUCACUUCCUAAAUUUCCAAUUAGAGGAAUGAGAUGAGAUCACAGAAUCAGAAUCUUGUGUCUUAGAAUCAUCAGGUCUAAGCCUGCUCAGCCAGCGCCCCUCUCCGGUGCUCUCCCAAGCUCACCUUUAUGUCUAACUUAUGAUCAUCAGUAACUUUCCUUUUUUUGUUUUCGCAUCUGUAAACCCGGGGGUUGGACUACUUCUGUGAUAUUCCUAGGUUCUAGGAUAAUUUGGGAAAGGGUUCUCUUAACCCCUUGGAUACUGCCUGUAAAUAAUUCAUGAAAUCCUCUUAGGUGGGUGUUACCUUUACAUUCCGUUUCCAAAGCAAUCUAAGGGCAACAGACAGGAAAAAGAAUGACCUGAAGCUGUGCGUCUCUGUUCCCAGCCAGAAAGGGCGGUGUCUGAAAUGAGUGGCCAGGUGGCCAUAUUUGUCCCUGGCAAAUGAGAGUCCAGAGAGCUGAAGCCGCUCACAGCCAUGGUUAGUGCUGGCACAACACAGUCACGGCCGUGGGCGCCGUUAGCCUAGCGUCCGGCUCUUCUUGCUGAUCCCACCCACUCCAGUUUCAAGCCAGCGGUCCCACGGUUCCGCUGGCCUGUCUCCGUCCCACACCCGAGGCCGGCAAGGCCGACCGCGAAGACAGAGUGGAGACCCGGAAGUGGUGAGGACGCCCGAGCACGUGAUGGGGGAACCCGCUGGUGCUGUCACGUGACCGGCCAACCUGUCGUUCCCCGGUGCGGAAUGUUCAGCUGCUCUUAAAGGUACAGGCUGCUGUCGGGACCCCUGCUUUAGAGGGGGCAGGGGCAGAGUCCGACGGGUGGGGCGUGGUGGGGCGUGCGAGAGCGCGAGGUGGAGCCCCGGUUUAGCGCAGUGGAUUGAGGGGCGCGAGUGCAGCAGAGGAGCGCAGCUGGGACCAGCAGUGGGGCGUUGAUCCUUCUCACAUGUCGCAGACCCUCAUCUACCCCAUCGGAGCCAACUCUGAACUCUCGCUGACCCUGGACCCCGGCGGGGACCUGAACUUGAUGCCAUGGGAAGCUCUGCAGGCUCGCGGCGGCGCCUUUCGGAUUCCGAGGAGGAGGCGACCGCCCGGGAGCCUCGGCCGCCGGACCGCCAGGGCGCCCACUGGAAGAACGCGAUAGGCUUCUGGCUCCUGGGCCUUUGCAACAACUUCUCUUACGUGGUGAUGCUCAGUGCUGCUCAUGACAUCCUUAGCCACAAGAGGGCAUCUGGAAACCAAAGCCAUGUAGACCCAGACCCAGUCCCCACCCCCCACAAUAACUCAUCUCGAUUUGACUGCAACUCUGUCUCCACGGCUGCGGUGCUCCUGGCAGACAUCCUCCCCACACUCGUCAUCAAACUGCUGGCUCCUCUUGGCCUUCAUCUGCUGCCCUACAGCCCCCGGGUUCUCAUCAGUGGGGUGUGUGCAUCUGGAAGCUUCAUCCUGGUUGCCUUUUCUCACUCUGUGUGGACCAGCCUGUGUGGUGUGGUCUUGGCUAGCAUCUCAUCAGGCCUAGGGGAGGUCACCUUCCUCUCACUCACCGCCUUCUACCCCAGGGCUGUGAUCUCCUGGUGGUCCUCAGGUACUGGGGGAGCAGGGCUGCUGGGGGCGUUGUCCUACCUGGGCCUCACCCAGAUUGGCCUCUCCCCCCAGCACACCCUGCUGUCCAUGCUGGGCAUCCCUGCCUUGCUGCUGGCCAGCUAUUUCUUUUUGCUCACAUCGCCUGAGCCCCAGGACCCUGGAGGGGAAGAAGAGGCAGAGAGGGCAGCUCGGCAACCCCUGAUGAGCAGCGAGGCCCCCGAGUGGAAGCCAGACGCCCGCUCAAGCCUCACCCUUCAGGAAAAGUGGACCGUAUUCAAGGGCCUGCUGUGGUACAUUGUCCCCUUGGUCCUGGUUUACUUUGCUGAGUACUUCAUCAAUCAGGGACUUUUUGAGCUCCUCUUCUUCCGGAACACAUCCCUGAGUCACGCUCAGCAGUACCGCUGGUACCAGAUGCUGUACCAGGCCGGCGUCUUUGCCUCCCGCUCUUCUCUUCGCUGCUGUCGCAUCCGCUUCACAUGGGCCCUGGCCCUGCUGCAGUGCUUCAACCUGGCCUUCCUGCUGGUGGACGUGUGGUUGAACUUCCUGCCGAGCAUCUACUUCGUCUUCCUGAUCAUUCUGUAUGAGGGGCUCCUGGGGGGUGCUGCCUAUGUGAAUACCUUCCACAACAUUGCCCUGGAGACCAGUGAUGAGCACCGGGAAUUUGCUAUGGCAACCGCCUGUGUGUCCGACACCUUGGGGAUCUCCCUGUCAGGGGUCCUGGCCCUGCCUCUGCACGACUUCCUCUGCCAACUCUCCUGACACUGGGCUUUUUGGGACACGGGAUGCACUAGCAGAUGGGCAAGUCAGAGCCCAGGCCCACAGCCCAGGGCCUACCUAUGAGCUCUGCUCCUGGACUUCCCUGCCCGGCUGGGCUGUGGAGAAGCGCCGAGGUCCUGUUCCCCUUUGAGCGAGGGACAGCAGCUUUCUCCCACUCUACAUUGAUCUUGGGGACUUUGUUGGCAUUUUGCCCUCAGAAUAAAUGCCUAUAUUGUAGA